AUGACCAACAGACGACUUCAGCAGAAACAAAGGGUCAUUGCUGUCCUUCACCCUGGGAGAGCAACAGUACCCAAGAGAGAAAUAUGGGAAAAACUAGCCAAAAUGCGUGAGACCACAUCGGGUAUCGUCUUUGUAUUUGGGUUCAGAACUAAUUUUGGUGGUGGCCUGACAACUGCUUUUGGCAAGAUUGAUGAUUCCUUGGAUUGUGCAAAGAAAAGUGAACCCACACAUAGACUAGCAAGACAUGGCCAGUAUGAGAAGAAGACCCCAUACAGGAACAGAAUGAAGAACGUCAGGGGUACUGCAAAGGCCAUGGCUGAUGCUGGCCAAAAGAAAGAGUAA